AUGUCUAUCACUCAAGAGGCUAUAUUUGUGGGUGCCAAUAAGCAAAACUAUGUCUCCGAUUACAAUCCACAGCAUCAAACCAUUGCGUUUGGUGCAGGGACCGUUGUUGCCCUUUGGAGACCACUUGAUAAAUCGCAUCGCGGAGUUUACUAUACUUUGAAACAGCAUACAAAGGAAGUGACUGGAGUUAAAUUUUUGCCUCACAGUGGGUUUUUGGUAUCUGUUGGAGAAGAUCAUAUUGUUAAUGUGUGGAGGAGAAGUGGCAAUGUGUAUGAUCUCCAUCAAUCGCUUACUGGCCAUGAACAUUCUGUGACCUGCAUUGCUGAAGUGAAUCAACACAUUUUUGUCACUGGUGGGGCUGAUCACAAGAUCAUUAUAUGGACUUACGAUGGCGAGCAAUUUCAGCCUGGUCACAGGUUUGAAGUCAAGUCCAGUUUCUAUCCCUUAUCCUUAGCAGUUCAACAAAUAGUUGAGAAUGAUGAUUACAUUCUUGCUAUUGGAGGAACUACAAACAAUAUCUACAUCUAUACAUUCCAACUUGAACAAACCCGCAUCUCUAUUGACAAGUGUGCUGAACUAACUGGUCAUGAGGAUUGGGUGAAAACUCUUCAGUUUGUGACAAAAUCAAAAUACCAAGAUUACAUUUUAGCAAGUGGCUCUCAGGAUAGAUAUGUUAGGCUAUGGAGGUUGAAAUUGAAUAACUCUAUUGACGAUACUGACGAAGACCCCACUAAAUUGACCUUGCUUUCAAAUAAACAAUACAAAUUCAACUUUGGUGUUGAUAAAAGAGCUGCAUUCAGCUUUGAGGCGUUAAUAAUCGGCCACGACGAUUGGAUUAGUGGUAUCCAGUGGCACCCUUCUUGCAAAUACCAAUCGGAAAACGAUGAAUCAGCGUUGCAAUUACUAACCUCCACAGCUGACACGGCAUUAAUGAUUUGGGAAAUGGAUAAAGAGUCGGGAAUCUGGGUGUGUACAAGUAGAUUAGGAGAAAUGUCCAUUAAAGGUGCAUCUACUGCCACGGGGGCCUCGGGUGGGUUUUGGUCGUGUUUAUGGUUCGUUGAUGAUGUCACAAACGAGGAGUAUGUUUUGGCAACGGGUAAAACAGGUGCGAUAAGAGCGUAUAAAUCGAUCACAAGUGAACCAAAGUACUUUGAGGAAACAAUUGGAGUUACUGGUGCGGUUGGUCCAAUCACCGACUUGAGAUGGUCUAUUGGAGGUGAAUACUUUAUGGCCACUUCGCUUGACCAAACUACUAGGCUAUAUGCACCAUGGAAGAGGGAUCAAGUUACCACGUGGCAUGAAAUCGCUAGACCACAGAUACAUGGUUAUGACAUGAUAUGUUAUGACAACAUCACCAAGACCAAAUUUGUUUCUGGUGGUGAUGAGAAGAUAUUGCGUGUAUUUGAACUCACUGAAUCAGUUAGACAACAUUUGAAAGCAUUGGGAGGGAUUGAAAUUGGUGAGGAAGAUGAAAAACUUCCUGAGUUUGCAACCUUGCCAGUGUUGGGUCUAUCAAACAAGGCGGAUGCGCAAGUACGAGAGGAGACAAAGAAUGAUGAAGAAGAAGUAGUAGAAGAGGAUCAAAGUGGUGAGGCUGCGCAAAAGACUGCGAUUGGGGAUGUGAAUACCCCUCCCACUGAGUCCUACUUGCAAAGACACAGUCUUGCCACUGAAAUUGAAAAAUUGUAUGGACAUGGGUAUGAGGUUACAUGCUGCUCGACAUCUCCAAAUGGGAAGCUCAUUGCCACCUCAUGUAAAUCAAACAAUGCCAAACAUGCAGUGAUACGAGUGUUUGUCGUGGACAAUGACUAUCAGCAAUCAAAACAAGUUCUUGCUGGUCACAAUUUGACGAUUUCUAGUCUCAAAUUUUCGCCGGAUGGACAUUACUUGUUGGCGGUAUCAAGAGAUCGACAAUUUUCCUUGUGGGAGCUUAUUCUGGAUUCUGAAUUCAAAUUGGUUGAGCUUAAUGCCAAAGCUCAUUCGAGAAUCAUUUGGGAUUGUUCUUGGUUGGAUGGUGGGUCGUUUGUCACCGUUUCGCGUGACAAGCAAAUGAAGUUGUGGAAGAUUGGUGGUGGUAGUGGAGCGGUUGAUCUUGUGAAUAGCUUGAAAUUGGAUGAGCCGGUUACUUCGGUGUCUGUUUUCAAGGGCGAAGCGGCGGUCACUGGUAUACGCAUUGUUGCAUUGGGUCUUGAAAGUGGUCAAAUUUGUAUCUACACUAUCGCUGCUGGUGGUGAGUUUAAGCUUGCUGCGGCGUUUGAUGCGAAUAUCACUCCAGUUGAUAGAAUAGAAAAGGUGGCUUUUAGCAGUCGAGUAACGGAUAAGAAAUUGUUUUUGGGAGUUGGAAGCAAAGACAAUUCGGUACGGGUUUACACUAUAGAGGAGAGUUUGUUCUAG